ACCAACAUUUCAUGAGUUAAAAGAAAAAGAAAAAGGAAAAAAAAAAGAAAAAGUAAAUAAGGCAGUAGUUCUUCCCUCCAUAUCUAUAUCUGAAACCAAAUUCCCUCGUUUCCAUCUCCGUUCUCUCUCUUCCCGCUUUUCUAUACAUCAAACCCCAGAUCUCAUCAAUUCUCAUUCGUUUUCUUCCCAAGUUUCAAUUCCCCUUUUUCCUUCCCGGGACCCCGAAGCACUCCAUUUCCGACUGCUUCAACCUGAGUUCCGAGGAUUCUGUAAGAUCAAAUUUCAAGUACCGACAAGGAUUCCCCAACUUCAAGGCAAAGGGAUUUUUCCAUAUCAGAUCAUGCAGCAAGACUUGAAGCCGCAGCAGCUGCCUUUCAUGGUGGUGAAGCCUCCAUCUGGGGACUUCCGCCGCUUCUCUGCCGACCAUCCGCGUCCCUCUCCUGCUCAAGAGCCUGAUGACAUCAUCGUCAACACUCCUCCAUUGAAGUGGAAGACUGACAUGGUGAGCUACAAUCAGGUACCUAUUGAUCAGGACCCAAGUUUUGGAUGUGCUGUCAACAGUCCAAUGCAAACGCCAGCUUCAGGAAAAGCUAAAAAGGCACAGAGAGUACCUAGGACUUCAAAAUCCCGCAGAUAUGUAUCCCAGAAUGCAGCAGAUGAUGGAUCACCUUCCGGCAACAAUGUCACUCCAGUUGGUUCCUGUCGUUAUGAUAGCUCCCUAGGCCUUUUAACAAAGAAGUUCAUUAAUCUGAUCAGACAUGCAGAAGAUGGUAUUCUUGAUCUAAAUAAAGCUGCUGAUACAUUGGAGGUUCAAAAGAGACGUAUCUAUGACAUAACGAAUGUCCUAGAAGGCAUUGGUCUAAUAGAAAAGAAACUCAAGAACAGAAUUCAAUGGAAGGGUCUAGAUGUGUCAAGAACAAGAGAUUUUGAUGGAGUUUCAAAUUUACAGGCCGAAGUGGAGAAAUUGAUGUUAGAAGAGCGUAGAAUAGAUGAAGAAAUCAGAGAAAUGCAAGACAGGCUGAGGGACCUGAGUGAAGAUGAAAACAAUAAAGGAUGGCUUUUUGUAACUGAAGAGGAUAUUAAGGGCUUACCUUGUUUUCAGAACGGAACACUUUUAGCAAUUAAAGCUCCCCAUGGCACAACUUUAGAAGUCCCAGAUCCUGAUGAGGCUGUUGAUUAUCCGCAAAGAAGGUACCGAGUAAUUCUAAGGAGCACCAUGGGACCAAUAGAUGUCUACCUCGUCAGUCAAUUUGAGAAAAAACUCGAGGAGAUGAAUGCUGUGGAUGUGGCACCUAGCAUUCAUUCAACAUCAGGAGCGAAUGAGAAUGCAACUGCGAUGGUAGAAACUGAGGAGAGUAGAGGAAAUGAAGUAUUGCAGGAAAAAGAAACAGAAAGAGUGUCCUCCAAUGUUGGCACAUCACAGGAUUUCACGAGUGGAAUCAUGAAAAUCGUUCCCGAUGUUGAUAACGAAGCAGAUUACUGGCUCUUGUCAGAUGUGGAUGUCAGCAUCACUGAUAUGUGGACGACAGAGCCUAAAGUUAAUUGGAGUGCCUUGAAUUUAGUUCAUGAAGAUUACACUAUGGCAAACAUCAGUACUCCUCGUGCCCAAACUCCACCCGUUGCAGCUGAAACGCCAUCUGCUGCCAACACUGCUGUGAGCUUGCCCGCGGUCUGAAGUGAUGAUCAGGCUUCUCCGUUUAGAACACAACUUCACCAGGUACACCCUUUACGAAUAACCCAGAAUGAAGUGGAAAGGAAUAUCUUGAGAGAGUUUUUUUGUGUUUCUUGUACAUUGUAUUCAUUAACCUGUUUUUCUACAUGUAGCAAUAAAAGCAAUAAGUUAAGCCCUUUUUCCAAA